AUGUCAUCAAUGAACAGUAACGUUGGCGUUUCUUUUAUCCUCGUUUGCUUCGACAUAACCCCAGGCCAGCCAACUAAGUAUCAUUCUCUCACUUCUCUCUCUCUCUCUCUCUCUUUGUCACUCUCCCUCUCUUUUUCUCCGGAAACGAUCAACCCCAAAAAAAUACUUCUUCUUUUCCUCCUCCUCCUCCUCCUACUUUCCCUCUUCUCCUCCUUUCCCUUCUUCUGCUUCUUCUUCUUCUUCUACUUCUUCUUCUUCUCCUCAUCUUCUUUCUUCUUCUUCUUCUUCUUCUUCUUCUGCUCCUCCUCCUCCUACUUUUUCCCUCCUCCUCCCCUUUUCUUCUUUUCCCCUUCUUCGUCUACUUCUUCUUCUGCUCCUCCCCUCCUACUUCUUCUACUACUUCUCCUCCCAUUCUUCUUUUUCUUCUGCUCCUCUUCCUACUUCUUCUUCUACUUCUUUCCCUCCUCCUCCCCUUUUCUUCCUCUCCCCUUCUUCUUCUUCUCCUCAUCCUUUUUCUUCUUCUUUUUCUACUUCUUCUUCUGCUCCUCCUCCUCCUUCUACUAUUUCUUCCCCUCCUCCUCCUCCCCUUCUUCUUUUUCUUCUGCUCCUCUUCCUCCUUCUUCUUUCCUUUCUCCCCUUUCCUCCUCCUUCCUUCUUCUUUUCUUCUUCUUUCUCUUCUUCUUCCUUCUUCUUCUACUUCUUCUUCCCUCCUCCUCCUCCUUCUUCUUUUCCCCUCCUCUUCCUCCCCUUCUUCUUCUUCUUCUCCUCCCUUUUCUUCCUCUUUCUUUUUCUUCUUCUUCUUCUCCUCCUCCUCUUUCUUUUUCUACUUCUUCUUCUGCUCCUCCCCCUCCUUCUUCUUCUACUACUUCUUCUCCCCUCCCCUUCUUCUUCUUCAUCUGCUCCUCUUCCUCCUCCUUCUUCUACUUCUUUCCCUUCUCCUCCCCUUCUUCUUCUUUUCUCUAUCUCAUUUCUUUUAUUUAA